GGGAGCAGCUGGGGGCCAGUGGGAGCCCACAGCAUCCUCUGAGGCCCAGCCCUGGGCUGCCCCCGGGACUCCAGGCCUGGCAUGAUUCAAGGGCCCAUGGGAAACUGUGCCAAGCGGCCCCGGCACCGGGGUCCUAAGGACCGCUGGCAGUGGCCUGGCUCCCCCCCAGGGGGGUCCCGCCAUGGCCUGGGCCCCAGCCCCAGACCCAGCCCCAGUCCCGAGGAGCCAGGGGCCCCUGGGCCUGGCGUCCAGGGCUUCUCCGUGCUCAGCAGCGUGGUGGGGCCCGCCUGCAUCUUCCUGCGGCCCAGCAUCGCCGCCACCCAGCUCGUAUGACCGGGAGCUGCGGCCUGAGGAGAUUGAAGAGCUGCAGGCCGCCUUCCAGGAGUUUGACCGAGACCGGGACGGCUACAUCGGCUACCGGGAGCUGGGGGCCUGCAUGCGGACGCUGGGCUACAUGCCCACCGAGAUGGAGCUCAUCGAGAUCUCCCAGCAAAUCAGUGGCGGGAAGGUGGAUUUUGAAGACUUUGUGGAGCUGAUGGGCCCCAAGCUGCUGGCGGAGACCGCGGACAUGAUCGGUGUCCGGGAGCUGCGGGACGCCUUCCGGGAGUUCGACACCAACGGGGACGGCUGCAUCAGCUUGGGUGAGCUCCGGGCGGCCCUGAAGGCCCUGCUGGGAGAGCGGCUCAGUCAGCGGGAGGUGGACGAGAUCCUCCGCGACAUUGACCUCAACGGGGACGGCCUGGUGGACUUCGAAGAGUUUGUGCGAAUGAUGUCUCGCUGAGCCUGCACAGAAGCUGGAAGCAGCAGACAGGACUUGGGACCAGAGCCACUGCCUGCCAGUGUGUUCCUGGAGCCCCGACCUCCAGCUGGGACCCCUCUCCCUCUCCUCCCUGCCCGCACCUGUGUGCACAGCCCUUGCCUGCAACACCCCCACCCCACUCCUCCACCGAGCCCCCAAGCCCAGCUCUGUC